GAUUUGUGUUGACAUUGUCCGGCUUUUAUAAAGCACAUGUAUCUGUUGUGCUGAAUGCAGAUCAGGAUAUAAUAGAGGUGUCAUUUUGAUGCAUGUGAUUUUUUUGUGUUAUGAGACAUGGCGCGUUAUUCUCCCUUCCCUACAAACCUAGACCCAGUGAGAAAGUUACCAGUGAAGACAGCAGUCACUGUAAUGGUUACAGUUGUGUUUUUUAAGUGUUUAUUCUCGUGUCCGUGUGCGAGACCGGAGGAAACGACUCUGCACUGCUGGCUGUACCUGCUGCUUCCUGUAGGCAUCAUGUUCUUCAUCCUCAGCCUGGUGGACUCACAGCUGCUCAAACUGUGCCAGUGUUAUGUGUGCAGAUGUUGUGCGCGAGCCGAGAGCAGAUGUUGCGUGUCAGGCUGCUGUGACAGUGUGGAGUGUUGUUGCUGUGCUGGUGGUUACUGUUACAGGCCGACACACUGCGGAGACGAAGUGAGAUACUACUGCGCUCUUAUAGGGACUUACAUGCUGAGGGUUUUCUGCGCCUCGGCGCUGUGGGUUGUGGUCGCACUGAUUGACGCUGACUGGUACGUCUGCAUCCGCACAGUGACGGUCAACGGCACCGGACCACAACAGAUCGCAUGCAAGGAUGUUCCAACACCAGAGGAAGCAGAAACUCUGCGGAAAUACAGUAGUGAGUCACGGAUUAUUGCUUUGAUCAUCCUCCUGGGUCUUUCCUUCCUGCUGGUUGUAAGUACCUCUAUCAUGAGCAGGUGGAAGCCGUACUACAAGUCAGUGUUUGAGGCGUACGUGGAGCAGGAGAUGGAAGCCACGCUGGAUGAGAAGCUGCAUGAGCAGGCCAUGGAAAGAGCCAAGCUUCUCAGUGAGACUGUGUUACACUGCGUUCACAGUCAGCGUGAGAACAGCGGACAGGCAGAGGGACACAUUCAGUACCAACCACUAACAGAGACAGAGGAGAACAUGUGGAGGAGAAUAUCACACCCUGCUUUCCAUCUACUAGGAGUGAGGAUCAAUCCGUGACGUAUUCAUUCAUCCAGGGCAUUGUGAGUGUCUGUCAGAUGAUCUGUCAGUAGUAAAAAUGCCAACGAUAGCACGUCACUGAAAGGAACCUGUUACUGACAAGCAUGGCGUAUUUAUUGCUCAAAGCAUGCUUCCACUCCACUCCACUCCAGGUAUGCUUUUAGUUUUAAAAACUUUUAUUUUUAAGAAAGUUUGCUUGUUCUAUUCUUAUUUAACCUGAAAUAUUUAAAACAUGCAGUAUUAAUACUUUUUCGUUUCAUUGCUAAGAAACGUUCUCUAACACUAAAUACUGACAGUUGAGCUGAUAAACAGAUCUAGAUGCUGCCUAGAUUUAAAGCAGUGUAAUGGAUGAACCAUGAAACGUGUCAUGACGUUUGCUUUCUGUUUUAACAUGUGAGAUGUUUUGAGCUGAUUGUCUGCAGAUGACUAGAUGCUGUGUCAAAUGAUCCAGUUAAAGGUAUACAAAGAGUUACUAUAAUAUCUGUGUUAUUCAUUUUUACUAUGUUGGGUUUUUUGAGUCUGUUUUAAGUGUCUUGAUGAACAGGAUGUAUGUUUUAUAACAGUUUAAAAGAGUCGCAGUAGUCUGUAGCUUGUCACUCUUACCUGGUUACAAGAACUGUGCAUUUUCCUGUAUAUCAUCUCAUUGCUCUGAUUUCAUAAAUGCAAACACUAAGAAAACUGUAAAUACAUCAAAACAAUUCCUGAAUAUGGAAAUUAAUAACAGUUUAUGUUUACGGUUAACUACAUCAUUUAGGUGUCUUUUUAACAGCGUCGGUUUUACUGGCAACCCCGAGGCAAACCUCUGUGCACAUUAUCACUGACACACAGGACAUUUCUGUGCUGUGUCCUUUCACCAAGAAUGAUAUUUCGAUAUCUUUCUUACUUCAUGUCAUCUAAAACAGCUUCCUGUUUAUACACUCCGAUAUACAUGAACAUAACAAAUCAAGUGCAGCAGCUGUUCAUUUCCACUACACACUUUAUUCAUUUCCAUGUCUAUUAAUGCAGAAAGAAAAUAAAGACUCGAUGGAAGUACAGAUCCUACAUUAACAAGCAGAUAAGCUUCAAUUGUUACUUAGACAACAAUGUUUUUAGAAAUGUUUAUGUAUAGAUCUAAAUAACAGUUAUGUUUACUUAUGUUUUCAUGAACAAAAUGAAUAAAAUAUUGAUUAGUAUUAAAACCCAA